CAUCCCCCCAAAUCAACCCUUUCUCUCUCCUCUUCUCUCUUCUUUCUCUCUCCUCCCCCAUUUUUUUAUUCAAAAAAACAUUUUUUUAAAAUUUUUAUUUUUAUUUAAAUCCUCAAAAAAAAAACCAUAUACCAAUACCAACAGAAUUACCAUGAUCAUCAUGAAUCCUACAAUAACUCCUACUUCAACAAAUACUACUACAAUAAAUAUACCCUACAAAGCCCAUUUACCCAUCUCUUCUAAGCCCAUUUUCAACCCGAAAAAGCCCAUUAAUAUUCAUUGUGCUCUUCACUCAGCAGCCCCUCCUUCCAUUUUCCAUUUCCCAAACCAUGAUUCAUCACCCAAAUCUUCUCCUCCUCAUCAUCUUCCUCAAUGGAACCUUUUCCAAAAAGCUGCUGCAUCAACUUUUGAUUUCAUUGAAAAUACCCUGACAACCCGAGAACGUGCCCACCCAUUUCCCAAAACAUCCGACCCGGAAAUCCAAAUAUCCGGAAACUUCGCCCCAGUACAAGAAACCCCCGUCAAACAAUCGCUCCCUAUCAUAGGAGAAAUCCCAUCUUCCAUUGACGGCGUUUACGUACGAAACGGCGCUAACCCUUUAUUCAAACCAACCGCCGGCCACCAUUUAUUUGAUGGUGAUGGCAUGGUUCACGCCGUCACCAUCCACAACGGGGUAGCAAGUUACGCCUGUAGAUUCACUGAAACCAACAGAUUAACGCAAGAACGGGAUCUGGGUAGAGCUGUUUUCCCUAAAUCUAUCGGUGAACUUCAUGGUCAUUCAGGAAUUGCUAGACUAUUUCUGUUUUACGCUCGUGGGUUGUUUGGGCUUUUAAAUCAUGAAAAUGGUAUGGGUGUUGCUAACGCUGGUUUAGUUUAUUUUAAUGGAAGGUUGUUAGCUAUGUCAGAAGAUGAUAUACCUUACCAUGUAAGGGUUACCUCUAAUGGCGAUUUAAAAACUGUGGGAAGGUUUGAUUUCAAUGGGCAGUUAAAUUCCUCCAUGAUUGCUCACCCAAAACUUGACCCACAAUCCAAAGAAUUAUUUGCUUUAAGUUACGAUGUUAUUAAACCCCCAUUUCUUAAAUACUUUAAAUUUUCACGGGAUGGUGAGAAAUCUGAAGAUGUUGAAAUCCCAUUAAAGGAACCUACAAUGAUGCAUGAUUUCGCAAUUACCCAGAAUUUUGUAGUUAUCCCAGAUCAACAAGUAGUGUUUAAGAUGAAGGAAAUGAUUACCGGAGGAUCUCCCGUUGUUUUCGACAAGAACAAAAAGUCGCGUUUUGGUGUUAUGAGAAAAGACGCUAAAAAAGCGUCGGAAAUUAUAUGGGUUGAUUCUCCUGACACUUUUUGCUUCCAUGUUUGGAACGCUUGGGAAGAAUCUCAUAGCGACGACAUUGUGGUUAUUGGGUCUUGUAUGACUCCUCCUGAUUCUAUUUUUAAUGAAUGUGAUGAAAAUUUAAAGAGUGUUUUAUCUGAAAUCCGGCUUAAUUUACGGACGGGUCAAUCAACUCGACGACCCAUUAUUGACCCAGCCAUGUAUGAUCAUUUUAACCUUGAAGCGGGUAUGGUAAACCGUAAUUUACUUGGGAGAAAAACCCGGUUUGCUUAUUUAGCAAUUGCUGAACCGUGGCCUAAAGUUUCCGGGUUUGCUAAGGUCGAUUUGGAAACGGGUGAGGUAAAAAAAUUUAUUUACGGUGGUGAAAAGUACGGUGGUGAACCCUUUUUUUUACCGCGAGGUAAUAAUAGUUUUGAUAGUGAUCAUGAGGAUGAUGGGUAUGUAAUGGGAUUUGUACAUGAUGAAAAGGAAGAGAGUUCGGAAUUGUUAAUUGUAAAUGCAAGUAAUUUGGAAGUUGAAGCUUCGAUUAAGUUGCCUUCUAGAGUUCCUUACGGUUUUCAUGGAACGUUCGUGCGAUUAGAAGAUUUGCAAGAUCAAGAUAUAGUUUGCGACAUUUAAAUUUUCGGAAAAUAUAUAGCAAACUGAAUGAAACAGAACGACAAAGUAACAUAAAUCUGACUAGGAGAGUAAAACGAAAGCCCAGAGGGAUAGUGGAUGAAAAAGGGGUCCCCGGGACUCUCCGUUUCUUGCUGAUCUCGUUCAACUUAAUUCAGAAAUUAACACCAAAAAUUAGUUUUGGAAUAUUUUUGUUAAUUUUUGUUAGAUUUUGGGAAUGGAAUAGUGUGAAAUAUCUAUCAAGUGUAGAUGUAGAUAAUGAUUGGUGUUUGUGUUGUGCCUUGGCUCAUUUUAUUGUUUAGGCAUACCAGUGCCCAAUUAUAAAGGAGUAUAAUUAAUUUUUGAUCUUUAAUUUUUCUACAUAGCAAUUUUUUUAUUUUUGUAUAUUUAUAUUUGACAAUUUUCUAUAUUAAUUAGUUGUAUUCUUAAAAAUAUUACUCCUACU